ACAGAUACGACUCCGUGUGCAUUCCCACGUCAACCAAUAUGCUGUCCGUCUUUUCUCGCGUGCGUCGCCCCUCCAACCUCCCCUCCUUUCUGGCCCUGACAACACGUGGCAUCAACACCGGUUCCAAAGUUCCCACUCUUCCGCUCAAGGAGGUGACAGGCGAUACUGUUUCUGAUGUGUCGAGCAACGACUUUUUCAGAGGGAAGGUGGUGUUAAUUGGCCUUCCAGCGGCGUUUUCCCCCACGUGCUCCGAAAAACAUGUUCCAGGAUAUCUUGCGCAUGCGCGGGACUUCAAACAAAAGGGCGUCGAUAAAAUUGCGGUCCUGGCAGUGAAUGAUUUCUUUACUAUGAAGGCUUGGGCCAAAGCCCAAGGUAUAGGCGAUGAAAUAAGUUUUGUAGCAGAUGGAAACGGGGAGCUAACCAAUGCCCUUGGCUUAGAAUUAGAUUUGACGAAAGCUGUCCUAGGGAAGCGAUGUAAGCGUUUCUCGAUGGUCUUAGAGGAUGGAAUUGUGAAAUCUUUAUCAAUAGAGCCGGACGGGACAGGAUAUACCGUUAGCUCUGCAGAAAGUACGCUGAAGCAGGUUUGAUGAAGUUUGUCUGCUUCUUUGCAACGAAUGACAUGAAAGGGACUGAAUAGGACCAAAAGACUCCCACAUUCUACGUGAUACGAGUUGUCCAGUAUAUGUGAUCAAUUUUGAAUCGUAUGAUAUGACCCUAUGUAGGUGCAGCCUGUGCGACUAGUUGACUUCUACGGAAGAACGGAUGAGAAAUGAGUUCUAAAUUUUCCUAGGACUUUCUGAGGUCCACAGCUUUGAUAUUUGCUAUGGCAAGAGCAACAAGCAUUGAGGGGUCAACCUUGCUUGGAAAAUGAGAGCAUAUUCGUCUAGUGACAGAUGUUCUUUCUCAUCUUUUCAAAAACUUUGGCCGCUUUCGACCUACUAUGUACAUAAACAAAUUAAGAAAUCAUUCUUGGAAAGAUA